AUGGCAGAGACAGUGAAAGUCAUCGUAAGAUGUCGCCCAAUGAACACGCGGGAAAUGCAGCUCAAGUGCAAAAACGUGGUGUUGAUGGACUCAGAACGCUGCACUUGCUCCCUCAUCAACCCCAACGACAGCUCGGCUCCUCCGAAGACCUUCACCUUCGAUGGAGUCUACUACAUUAACUCCACAACGGAGCAGAUUUAUAAUGAGAUAGCUUACCCACUAGUUGAGGGUGUCCUGGAAGGAUACAACAGCACCGUGUUCGCCUAUGGACAAACAGGGUGUGGCAAAAGCUUCUCCAUGCAGGGGGUGGAGGACCCACCCUCCCAGAGGGGCAUCAUCCCCCGAGCCUUCGAACACCUCUUUGAGUCGAUGUCUCUCACGGAAAACGUCAAGUACCUGGUGCUGGCGUCGUAUCUGGAAAUUUACAACGAAGAGAUCAGAGACCUUCUAGGAAAUGAUACUAGGAAGAGACUGGAGUUAAAAGAGAACUUUGAUCGAGGCGUUUACGUCAAUGAGCUAUCCCAUCAUACUGUGGCGAGUGUGAGCGACUGUCAAGAGCUGAUGGAUCGCGGUUGGAGGAAUCGUUCCACAGGAGCGACUCUCAUGAACGCCGACAGUUCCCGCAGCCACUCUAUAUUCAGCAUAUCUGUAGAGAUGAUGCCGUUGAGCGAGUGUUUGGAAGUUAGUCCUAUCCGGCGCGGAAAACUGAGUCUGGUUGACUUGGCGGGGAGCGAGCGGCAGGCCAAGACAGGUGCCACCGGUGACAGACUGAAGGAAGCAACCAAGAUCAACCUGUCCCUGUCAGCACUUGGCAAUGUCAUCUCUGCCCUAGUGGACGGCAAGGCUAAACACAUACCCUACAGAGACUCAAAGCUGACACGCAUGCUUCAGGACUCGUUGGGAGGAAACACCAAGACAUUGAUGGUGGCUUGUUUGUCUCCUGCGGAUAACAACUAUGACGAGACCUUAUCUACACUGAGAUAUGCCAACCGAGCCAAGAACAUCACCAACAAACCCCACAUCAACGAGGACCCCAAGGACACCAUGUUGCGAGAGUACCAGGAGGAGAUUUACAAACUGAGGAAUCUGCUGGAGAAGAACGCCUUUGUUGGAUCUUCUGCCAUAGAAGAUGAGGUUGUGAAAGCAGAAAAGGAAAAAGUCAAGUCAGAGUAUGAGAAGGAGAUGGCCUCUUUGAGAGAACAAUAUGAGGCAAUGCAGCUGUCCAAGACUCAAGUGCAGAACGAUCUUCAAACUCUCAAAGAGCAAUACGAGAGAGACUUGGCCCGGAUAAACUGUCAGUCUCAGAAUAAACAGCAUAUGCUACCAAAAACACCAACCCAGAAGAUAGUGGAGGAGGUACUGAAUAGUGAGACUGCAACAUUAAAUGCUGCACAACAAGAAAUAUUGAAAAGACUACAGAAACUGCAGGCCAGCAUGGUCGGAGGGGAGAGAGCCAAUGACAAGGAGUUGAAGGAGAAGCGUCUGCGCAAGAAGAGGCUCGCUGAGCGUAGACUGCAGGCGCUGGCGACAGUGUUGGCCCGAGUAGAGGACGAGGACAAGAGCGGACUGAUGUUGGGAGUCUACGAUGACAUUCAGGAGGAGAUGAAAACAGCCAUCCGCAAACACAAGAUGAAGCUGCGAGCUCUGGAGAGGGAAAUAACAGACUUACAAAGUGAGUUUGAGAAUGAGCGAACGGACUACUUGGAGACAAUUCGCAAACAACAGAGGGAAUGUCGCUUUUACCAGCAAGUCCUUGACAAAGUCCUUCCUACGCUUAAGAAGGACUGUAACUACAGUAACCUAGAAAACAUAAGGGCAGAAGCAGUUUGGAGUGAAGACGCUAAAACGUGGAACCUGCCUGAUCUAUCUACCAUCCACACAAGACUACCCCCUGCUGCAGGUGUUGCAUGGAGUGGGGGCAGUGAUAAGAGCGAUAACACCAGUGAUAAGACAAGCCCCCAGUCAUCCCCUGAGGCAGACCCUCCUAACCCUUCUCAGAGACUACAAAAAAGCGAUGAAGAGGAUUUUGCUGGAAACUACUUCAAGCCAAAAAGAGCAACGGAACUCUUGAUUAAAUUCAAGGAGGAAGCAGGGAGGCCUGUCAAUGGAUGGAGAGAGACAAGUUUCAUCAAGCCAGUUCCAGGAGCCACAGUUCCCCCUCUGCCUGGAGGGGUCCCUGCUCCCCCCACGGGUCCACUAAACCCCCUACCUGGUCAGAUGUUCCUCAACAGUUCCUGGGGUGCAGGCCAGAUCACAAGUCCUUGGGCAGUUCAAAAUUCCAAGAAUGGAGGUUUCCGAACAUCCCCGGAGUUGGUAAGAAGACCUCUCAAGCUUGAGGCUCUACCAGUUCCCUCCAAAAAGCCGGCUCCAGCUUCCCUCCAAAGAACUAGAGGGUUAAACACUCUGGAUUCCAUCUGAUAGUUACCAACUAUAUUCUCAUAAUGUGCCUAAAGUUUUAUACUAGUAUCAGUACAAAAGUGAUA